GGCGGCGGGCAGCCGUGGUUCGCAGUGUCCGUGCACUUCGGUGUCUGUGUGUCCUUGUCUGAGUGUGUCUGGCCUGCCUCUGCUGUGCGCCCGGGUCUCGGGUGCCCGUCUGGGGGGAUGUGGGUGCUCGUGUGUCGGGGUAUCCGUGCGGUGUCUGGAGUCUGUGACCGGGUCGCAGCGCCCCCGUGGGGUCCAGACCCGAGAAUGGGCACACGCGGGUUUCCUGCGCCCCAGACCCCCAAACCGUGAAUGGGGUUUGGCUCCGGGGGCGACUACGGCCCUUUAAUAGGUCCGGGGUCGUUCCGGCCAUUGCCCCCUAUUACCACCGUGCCCCCCACCCCCGCCGGCCCCGGAGCCCAGACAAUGCUGUCAUCACCAAAGCAGGGGGAAAUAAUGAAGCAGAGAGCCGUUAACUCCUUCCUCGCCAGGCCGCAGCCUCCCGACCCUGCGACUGCCACCCCUCCACCUCCCUUGUCCCCUUGUCCAGGCAGCAAGCCCCAGGAAUCUCCAGGACUCCGAGGUCUCCAGGCCGAGUGUCCCUGCAUCUCAAGGCCUCUGUCUUCACCUUGGGAGGAGGAGGGGAGAAGGUUGGGAUUGGUGGAGCAACCCCAAGGGAGGGCCUUCCCUACCCUAGCACUACUCUAGGCCCUCAGCUCCAACCCUCCUCUCCGUGAUUGCCAAGGUCAGGCUGGAGCAGGCCACCAAUUCCUGGCCCACCACAUGGGGAAACUGAGGCCUGGGAAUGUCUCAAGGUCAUUAAGGAGACUGUUGGAUGCUGCCCCUGACCUCACCCCUCACUGUUGAUCUAGGCAGCUAGGGGGACCUCUCCCUCAAAGAGGCCAGGGUUUGUCAGGGCUGGCCCAGGCUGACUAGGCAGAGAGGAGAUCCAGCUCCAGUGACAGGAUGGGGGCCAGGAACCAGCGACGAUGCCCUCUCCUCUGGGGCAGGAUUGUGGGCCAGGGGAAAGAACCAGGAUCCCCACAGGAACUCCGGAGAGCCCCCACCCUCAUGGCCUAUCACACACUCCCCAGUACACAACCCAGAAUCCACAGUGACAUUGCAGGCCCAGGAGGAAACACUACACACCACACUGCAACCCGCCCCAUAGUGCCCGGCAGGCCCUUUGGGUGACUCUCAGUGCUGCCAGGGGAACAGCCCCAGGAGCCAGAUCCCUGGCCCCUGGAAGAGGCUUGAACCCACCCUCACCUGGGACUACACAUGGAGGUGCCCCCCACCACCACCCCCAUAUAGGGUGCUCCCCUGAGACUUCCAUCCCUUGCAACAUCACCAGGCCCCUUUGGCCAGCCCCUCAAAGUCCUGGCUUCUCUCUGCCCUCAGCAGCCCCUCCUGCCCUGUGGACAUCACAGCCCUGGCACCAGGAUCCCUUCCUGGGACCAGGCACCCCCUACCACCCUCCCCCAGCCACUCACUCCCAGGGCUGGCAGAGGGUGGGACCUUCCCACAGCCUCCUCCCUCUGGCAGCCUCUCUCCGCAAACACUGCAGAGAGCAGCAGCUUUUGCUCAGAGAAGAGGGGCAGGAUGGUCUCCCUCCCUCUCCAGGCAACAUGCAAGGAACUUUGGGAUAAGACAGAAGGAAACAGGCUCAGAGUGUAGCAAGAGAUUCAGGCAGGAUUUUCUGACAUGUGGGAGCAAAAUGGGCGAUGUUUCGCCUGGGGUAAUGCCGAGAACCUGUGACACAUGCAGGUGUUCAGGCCAGGAACAGAGCAGGGGACUGGGCAACCCGGAGGCCAAUCACCUGGAUUUGGGGUCAGCUCCUGGCUGUUUCCCUCGAUGGCCUGAGCCACAUAAGCGGAAGGGCUUCCAUAGAGAAAGGUGGCCAGGUCGCAGAGACUGAACUUGCCCCACAGGGCUUCCACAGGCCCUACAACAGGCCCCCCCUGAUCUCCUGGAGGCCCAGCCCCUGGCCUAGGGGUAGCCGAGUAGGGCAGGGAGGGCUCCCUGAGCUACCCUGGAGCCUGGAGGGCCUGGAGGAGGACACCAGCUCAGGGACGGGGAGGGGGCGCUCAGGAGCUUUCCCUGCCUUCUGUGCCUCGUUUAACUCAGCUCAGAUGCCCACUGAAGCCCAGAGAGGAGCAGGGACUUGCCCAAGAUGACAGGACUGGGCACAGCACCCAGGGCUCUGACUCAGGCCCCCACCAGGCCAGGCCGCACCUUCAGCCGAGUGAACGAGGCCUCCAUCCAGAAAAUGGGGUAGUAAUCUUUGCCGACCGUCUCCAGAGUGGGGAGGGUCACCCACACACGUGAGCCCUGGCCAUGCGGGAGGGCUCCGGGCAGAGGAGCAGUGCCGUGUGUCCUCACUGUUAGCUGGCACUGACUGGGCACGUACUUGGGGCUGGGCACCGUGCUAAAGGCAUCCUGUGCAGCAACCACCUCGAGCCUCCACGCUGACCAAUGACGUAGGUGCCAUUCCCAUCCGGAUCUGACUGGUGAGGAAACUGAGGCUCAGAGAGGGGCCCCGGCUCAGGCGCCCCAGCAAGCCGUCUCUCUGGGAUCGAAGCCUGGGUCACUCCCUGCACAGCUCGCUUCUGGACCACGACCACCACCUGGACAAGGACAGAGUCUCCGAGGGCCGGGAGCCUCGGCAGCCUCCUCAUCGGUCUCAUCCCAUCCCCUGGGCGCCUCUAGUGAUAAGAACAUCACCUCCCCCCACCAGAGCAGCCCACCAUGCUGGGGGUAGAGCUGGUGCUUCUCCUGUCCCUGCCACCUCCCCACCCUUGAUGCCCAGGUACUCAGUCCCCUGCACCCCUGGAAGGAGGGGUCCCUCUGCCCUGACGUGGAAUGACCAUCAAACAUGGGAUCAGAUCUUGGCCCCGCCACUGGGUGGCCUUGGGCAAGUCUGAGCCUCGGUUUCCUCAUCUGUAGAAUGGGGGUGAUAAUAGUGUCCAUUUCAUGGGCUGUUGGAAGGAUUUGAUACAAUCGCAUCGUGGAUGGGCUUGGCACAGGACCUGGCCCACGGCAGUACUUGAUCACCAGUAGCAGUUACUGUAUUAGUGCUAAUGAAAGUUAGAGCCUGACAGCCAGGGCGUGGCCACAGUGAGGGCUCAGGCCCAGGUGAGGACUGAGGGCACUGGCUGCUCCCGCCCCUCAACCUCCUGUCUCUGGGGUCCUGUAUGAAUUACUUACUAGGGGGAGUGGAGUGGAGUCCCCAGUCCUUAGAGACUGAGGUGCUCGGGUCCAUCUGCUGAGAGGGAACUGGGCCUGGCCUCCCACAUCUUGUCCCCUCCCCAAUGGGACAGCAGGCUGUGAAGGCCUGGGAUGGAGUAGGUGUGACUGGGUGGCGGCUGGGGGAAUGGGCCCCAGCCCAGGGACAUCAGUGGGGUAGGUACCUGUCUCUCCUUAGCUUCUCCUAGUCCCUUGCUCUGUGAGACUGCCCAGAGGCUGCUGAGGGGGCUCAGAAGGUUUCCUGGGGUCCAGGACAGCUGCCUCUGGACCCCCGCAUCCCCGGCAUCAUCUCUCCUUCCUAGAGGUUUUAGCAAGGCCUCGGGGCUGAGGGGCCAGGGUGGCGGGAAGGUGCCACCUUGCAGAAGGCUCCUCGGGACUGCCCGGGACAACCUCCCAGGACCCUUUACCCCUGAGCUGUGCCUGUGUGGAGACAGCCCACCCACAGCCUCCCCGCUCCUGCCCCAGCCUGCGUGAACUUCUCAAAUAUUUGCUUUCCCUGGGCCCUGACUGAGCUGGGCUGGGGGCGGGAGGAGUUUCUGAGGCUCGCUGAAGCUGUCCUGUCUCUUUUCCACCCCUGCAGGCCAUCCUCAGCUGGAGAGGCCAGCUAGAACCUGCCCCUGGGGUUCCAGCCAGGCAGAGCCUCCCUCUGAGGCCUUGGGGGCUGCUGGGGUCUCUGCUUCCCCCUUUCUUCAGGAAAAGCCCCAGCCCCCAGUGCCCCAUCCCACAUGGAAGGGAGGUUUGGAAGCCCCUGGGGACGGGGGCUUUGCUGGCCCAGGGCUCCCCUUUGAGGAAGGAGGCCUCCACAGGGCCCUUGGCCCAGGGCUGAGGUUUCUCCAGGACCCAGCAGCUGCAGGAGUGUGCAUUAGCCAGAAGAGCCCCUUGAUCAGACUGGACAACUUGGUCGCCAGGAGCCCGGCCUCCCCCCUGGGAAACCCCCCCCCAACUCGUAGCUUUGGGCCAGGCUGGGAUAAAGGCCACACUGUGUCCCCAGGAGGGGGGCCGGGGGUGGAGAAAGGUGGCACUGUUGGCCACACAAGGCCCCAUUCAGCCCAGGGCCUGGCUGUCCCGGGCAGGCUGGCCGGGCCCUGCAGCAGCCACAGCCUCCCUGGGCCUGGGAGCCACUGCUGCUGGCCUGGGAUGGAUGGCUGGCCGGGCUGGCAGCAGCUUCCGGGGCACAGGGUAGGGGCCCCUGGAGGCCCCAAUUUAGAUCUGGCCUGCCUUGAGCCCACCACUGCACACUGUGCCUCUGCCCCCAUGCCAUGUGGACCGUCCAAGGCUGUGUCCAGGGGGACAUGGUACCCCUCGUACAGCUUAGCCCAAAUCCCCUGCCAGGCCUCUGGGGAGCCCUGAGGAGACAGGACCUGCCAUUUACUGUUUCCAUCUCCUCUGAGGGCCAAAACGGUUGCCACUGUAGACAGGAGGACGGACUUCCUGACCAUCAGGGAAGAGGGAUGAGCAAAGGCACCUAUUCCCAGGGCAAGGCCUUCCUCCUGCCCAACGGCUCUGUCCUGGUCCUCUGUCCCCCCAGAGGGCCCAGGAGCCUCCCUCUCUGUGGGGACAGAGCCACUCUCUCAGAAACUGCCCGUAGUCUGGAUGGAGGCAUGUGGGCAGCCCAGCCCAGGUGGAGCCCUGAAGCCCCCAAGAAGUCUCACUUCCUCCCCAUCUCCUCGGCAGAGCUCCUACCCCAUCUGGGAGGACUUCAACUCCAAGGCCACAAAGCUGCAUUCCCAGCUGAGGACCACUGUGCUGGCUGCUGUGGCCUUCUUGGAUGCCUUCCAGAAAGUGGCAGACAUGGCCACCAACACUCGAGAGCAUCCGCAGCUACAGGAGGCUGGUAUGGCUGGGAUGGGCAAGGCCUGGUCCCGCACGGAGGAGGGGCUGGGGGCCACGCGGGACAUUGGCUCGGCGCUCACGCGCAUGUGCAUGCGCCACCGCAGCAUCGAGACCAAGCUGCGCCAGUUCACCAACGCGCUGCUGGAGAGCCUCAUCAACCCGCUGCAAGAGCGCAUCGAGGACUGGAAGAAGUCGGCCAACCAGCUGGACAAGGACCACGCGAAAGAGUACAAACGAGCCCGGCAUGAGAUCAAGAAGAAGUCUUCAGACACGCUGAAGCUGCAGAAGAAGGCGCGCAAAGGGAAAGGAGACCUGCAGCCCCAGCUGGACAGCGCCCUGCAGGAUGUCAACGACAUGUACUUGCUGCUGGAGGAGACGGAGAAGCAGGCGGUGCGCCGGGCCCUGAUCGAGGAGCGCGGCCGCUUCUGCACCUUCAUCACCUUCCUACAGCCUGUGGUGAAUGGGGAGCUGACCAUGCUGGGCGAGAUCACCCACCUGCAGGGCAUCAUUGACGACCUGGUGGUGCUGACUGCCGAGCCGCACAAGCUGCCCCCUGCCAGUGAGCAGGUGAUCAAAGACCUGAAGGGCUCCGACUACAGCUGGUCCUACCAGACCCCACCCUCAUCACCCAGCAGCUCCAGCUCCCGGAAGUCCAGCAUGUGCAGCGCCCCCAGCAGCAGUAGCAGUGCCAAGGGCGGUGGAGCCCCAUGGCCUGGGGGUGCCCAAACAUACUCACCCAGUUCCACCUGUCGCUACCGCAGCCUGGCGCAGCCAGCCACCACCACCACCCGCCUCUCCAGCGUCUCCUCCCACGACUCUGGCUUCAUCUCCCAGGAUGCCACCUACUCCAAGCCCCCCUCACCCAUGCCUUCAGACAUCACCAGCCAGAAGUCCUCCAGCUCUGCGUCCUCCGAGGCCUCAGAAACCUGCCAGUCGGUUAGCGAAUGCAGCUCCCCGACCUCGGACUGGUCCAAGGCCGGCCCCCACGAGCAGCCCUCAGGCACCACCCUGCAGAGGAGGAAGGACCGAGCAGAGCUCCUCCGAGACACAGAGCCAAGCCCGGCCAGCGGAGGUGCCCUGGGCCCCAGUGGAGAGGAGGCCCCGCGACCCCGCAUGUCCCCUGCCACUAUCGCAGCCAAGCACGGUGAGGAGGUGUCCCCUGCGGCCAGUGACCUGGCCAUGGUGCUGACCCGUGGCCUGAGCCUGGAGCACCAGAAGAGCAGCCGGGACUCGCUGCAGUACUCCAGCGGCUACAGCACGCAGACCACUACGCCCUCAUGCUCCGAGGACACCAUCCCCUCCCAAGGCUCUGACUAUGACUGCUACUCGGUGAACGGGGAUGCGGACGGCGAGGGCCCGCCUGAGUUCGACAAGUCAUCCACCAUCCCUCGCAACAGCAACAUCGCCCAGAACUACCGCCGCCUGAUCCAGACCAAGCGCCCGGCCUCCACGGCCGGGCUGCCCACCGCGGGGCUGCCCACCACCUCGGGUGCGCCCCCUGGUGUGGCCACUAUCCGCCGCACGCCUUCCACUAAGCCCACCGUGCGCCGCGCCCUCUCCAGUGCCGGCCCCAUCCCCAUCCGGCCGCCCAUCGUCCCCGUGAAGACGCCCACGGUGCCCGACUCCCCCAGCUACGCGGGGCCCACGCGGGCGGGCAGCGAGGAGUGCGUCUUCUACACCGACGAGGCCGCCUCGCCCCUGGCGCCAGACCUGGCCAAGGCCUCCCCAAAAAGGCUCAGCCUGCCCAACACGGCCUGGGGCAGCGUGUCUCCGGAAGCCGCCAGCUACCCCGGGCUGGGGGCCGAGGACGACGAUGAGCAGCAGCAGCAGCUGGCCGCCAACCGGCACAGCCUGGUGGAGAAGCUCGGGGAGCUGGUGGCCGGUGCCCACGCUCUGGGCGAGGGCCAGUUCCCCUUCCCCACGGCCCUGUCGGCCACCCCCGCAGAGGAGACGCCCACCCCGCCCCCGGCCGCCACCAGCGACCCCCCGGCCGAAGACAUGCUGGUGGCCAUCAGGCGCGGGGUGCGGCUCCGCAGGACCGUCACCAACGACAGGUCGGCGCCCCGCAUCUUGUGAUGGUGCCACCCUCCCACCCUCUGACCUCCCGCCUGGCCGGUGGGCAGCGGCCACUCAGAGAAAAGGCACAGCCAGGAGAGAGCAGGGCCAGGCAGGCUUGUGUUUUUUCAAAGUAACAUAAGGCAAAGCCACUUUAUGGAAAGAGACACCCGGCUUGGAUUUCAGCGUUUAAACAGGAAGUGACUCCUCUCUCGCCCUCGCCAGGCGGAGCCUGGGGGCCUGAACUUGGUCUGGAGCCUGUUUUAUACUCCCCUGACCUUCUCUGUCCCCUGCUUCCUCCUGCUGGCCCUGCCUCUGUCACAUCUCAGCCCUGGGGUUGCACUCCAGGCCCACGACAAGGGGCCGGCCAGCCUCGCGCCACCCCGGCCGCAGUGGCACAGCUUAGCUAGGCUGGCCGCCUCUCCCCGGGUUGGGCUGGCAUGCC